AUAGCUCUCACUGGUACGAAUCGAAGAGCUGAACAGAGAAACAGAGAAGACGACAUGGCAGGCGGAAGCGGCGGCGGAAAAUCAGGAGCAUCGGCGGAUCUUCACUCCGCGGCGAGAUCCGGUGAUUUAGCGGCAGUUCAGUUAAUCAUCAGCUCUAAUCCUUUGGCCGUCAAUUCGAGGGAUAAGCAUUCUCGGACUCCACUACACUUAGCAGCAUGGGCAGGCCACAGCGAGGUAGUGAGCUACUUAUGCAAGAACAAAGCCGAUGUUGGUGCUGCAGCAGUGGACGAUAUGGGUGCUAUCCACUUUGCUUCCCAAAAGGGACACUUGGAAGUUGUGAGGACUCUUCUCUCCGCUGGGGUUUCACUGAAGUCCAUCACUCGCAAGGGACUUACACCUCUUCACUACGCUGCUCAAGGUUCUCACUUGGACCUCGUUAAGUACCUGGUUAAGAAAGGAGCUAAUGUCGGAGCCACAACAAAGGCCGGGAAGAAUCCUGCGGAUGUUGCGGGUAACCCUGAAACCCAAACCUUCCUUGAAGAAUGUGAAGAGCAAGCGAGGAAAGAUAAGGUGAAGAACAGUCAGAAAAAGACAGAGGAAGUGAAACCAGAGAGUUGUGAUGUUGAAGGAGGUGAUAAGGGUUUGAAAAGAAAGGAUUCUGAAGAUGUUAACGAGGAGGGAGAGAGAGAAGAAACUUCUUCCAAAGCGAAAAAGCCAAAAGUUGUUCUUCGUCAUCUUCAGGAGAGUGAUGACACAGAAGCUGACCAAGAAGAAGAAACUGAGGAACCAACCAAUGGAACUUCAACUUGAAAUGAGUAGUAACAUCCAUCAUAUGAUAUAAUUCAGAGAUUUCACCAGUUUGUUUAUGUGAUUCGUAUAAGUUUGUAGAAGAAUCCACCAGUUUCUUUUAGCUGUUUAAUCAAAACAAUCCUCAGAUUCUAAAGCUGUUCUCUGCAUUGCU